AUGUCGGGAUCCAACUACGUUACCAAGAUUGCCUUUAUUGGAGCGGGCGGCCGUAGCGGAGGCUUCAUGGUGGAUGCAUUGCUCAAGACCGGCAUGCACACCAUCACUGCCUUGACUCGAGAGGACAGUACAAGCACUGUACCAAAAGGAGUUCUUACCGCAAAGAUCGACUACGCAAACCAGGAGUCGCUCAUCAACGCUCUUCGCGGUCAGGAUGCGUUGAUCAUCACCAUGUCCACCGCAGCACCCAAGGAACAAGAACAGGCUUUGAUCAGAGCUGCGGGCGAAGCUGGAGUUCAGUUCGUCCUGCCAAAUGAGUGGGGUCCGGAUACAGCCAACGAGGAAAUUCGCAAGGAUGUUGGUCUUUUCCAGGUGCGAGCAGAUAAUCGCAAACUUGUUGAAGAAUUGGGUAAGACCUCAUACAUUAGCGUCUCCACGGGAUUCUGGUAUGAAUGGAGUUUGGCGAUCGCGGACUCUUAUGGCUUCGAUUUGAACAACAAGAGCGUGACGCUCUUCGAUGACGGAGAGGCGAAGAUCUCCACGACCACUUGGCCUCAAGUCGGUCGUGCGGUGGCGUCUUUGUUGAGCUUGCCCAUCAAACCUGAAGGAGGAGGAGAUUCCAAGAAGUGUUUGGAGAAUUUCAGGAACAAGAUGGUGUAUAUCAGUUCCUUUACUGUCAGUCAGAAGGACAUGUUGGAGUCUGUUCUGCGUGUGACGGGCUCGAAGCAGGAGGAAUGGAAGAUUACGAAUCAGCCAAGUGCGGAACGUUUUGCUACUGGUGCUAGAGAGUUGCAGAAGGGAAACCGGGUGGGAUUUGUACACAUGAUGUACUCGAGGAUCUUCUUCCCGGAUGGAUGUGGUGAUGUGGAGAGUAGCAAGGGCACUUCCAACGACUUGCUUGGGUUGCCAAGGGAGGAUAUUGAUGACGCGACGAGGGUUGCGAUUGAGCGUGCAAAGACCAAUCCGUGGAGCUAG